AUGGCGGCUGCUACCAAAUUCCUUAUCAUAUUAACUAUACUUUCGCUUUCUGUUCUUGUACCGGAUGGAUCUCCAAUAAAUGAAACCCAAAGUGCUCUUUCUUUGUCCAGUUUGCAAGAUGAUGGUGAAUCCAAAGUCAAAGAAAAUGACAUUACAUUGGCAAGAAUCGAAGAACAGUUAGCUAAGGCAAGAGGCAAAAUCCGCAAUGCAAUUGUUGAGAGGAGCUUUAUAUCGUCUCCAAAAGAUAGGAGUUUAUUCCCCAAAGGAACCGUCUACAAGAACCCAUUUGCCUUUUUUCAGAGUCAUACGGAGAUGAUGAAGACAUUCAAGAUAUGGACUUAUAAGGAAGGAGAUGCCCCCUUGAUGCAUGAUGGUCCAAUGAAACUUGUAUACAGUAUCGAGGGUGAUUUCAUCGAGGAGAUGGAGAGAGAAGGAAAUCCGAUAGUGGCUAACCAUCCUGAUGAAGCACAUGCUUUCUUUAUCCCUUUAAGUGUAACCAACAUUGUUCACUACCUUUUUACGCCUGAGGAAGCCUGGGGUUUUCGUGAACGGAUGCAAGCAAUACUCGAAGACUACAUUAAGGUGAUUGCAGAAAAGUAUCCUUACUGGAACCGUAGCAAUGGAGCUGAUCACUUCUAUGUAUCAUGUCAUGAUUGGGGUCCAAUUGUUUCAACAGGAAACCCUAAACUCUUUAAGAAUUUCAUAAGAGUGCUUUGUAAUGCCAACAGCUCGGAAGGUUUCGAUCCAAGUCGUGAUGUGUCGAUGACAGAAAGUACAGCGCCAUUCAACAAUAUCCCAGUCAUAAGUAGUGGCCACUCACCUUAUAAUCGUUCAAUCUUUGCAUUCUUUGCGGGUGGUAUACAUGGUGAUGUAAGAAAACGUUUGUUCGAACAUUGGGGAAACAAUGAAGAUAAAGACAUUCAAGUUUACAAUUACCUUCCAAAAGGACAAAACCACACUGAAUGGUUGAGCAAAAGUAAGUACUGCUUAAGUCCUAGCGGCUAUGAAGUUGCAACCUCUAGGUUAACAGAAGCAAUCUAUGUGGGAUGUGUUCCAGUAAUCAUCAAGAAGAAUUACGUUAUACCAUAUAAUGAUGUGUUGGAUUGGAGUCAGUUUUCAGUACAAGUGCCUGUCGACGACAUUCCAAAUCUCAAAAAGAUUUUGCAAGACAUACCUUUUUCCAAGUAUUUGGAAAUGCAAAAAAGAUUAAUCGAAGUGCAAAGACAUUUUGCAGUUAACAUUCCAGCUAAACCUUUUGAUGUCUUUCACAUGAUUUUUCAUUCUGUAUGGCUUAGAAGACUUAAUGUUCGAUUGUUGAAAUCUUGA